AUGGGUUUGGCUGAUUCAGAGACUCCCCCUACAAGCAACAAUGCUUCUGACCUGCAAUGUGUGCUCAAAGACCUAGAAGAGUAUGAAUUUGUCGUUGGUGUGGCGGAAGACAGGAACAGACGAUGCAGACGAACAAUGGAGGACACCCAUGCUUUUAUUUACAACUAUGAGGGUAUAACCGGACAUGGCUUCUUUGCCAUCUUUGAUGGACAUGCAGGAAAAGCAGCAGCGGACUGGUGUGGCCAGCACUUCCAUGAGGUCUUUGGUCGUAUUUUAGAAGAAAAGGCAGAUCAACCUGAUGUUGAUUUCCAGGAAUUAGUCAACGAGACGUUUUUAACAGUGGAUCAACAGCUCGCAGAAGCUCUUCAGCAAGGACGUUCCAGUGGAUGCACCGCCAUUAUGGCGUAUAUCAGGAAAGAAGGCGAUAAGCGUGUGCUUUACACAGGAAAUGUCGGUGAUGCUAGGGCUGUAUUGUGCCAUAAAGAUAAAGCAGUGCGACUUUCAUACGACCACAAAGGUAGUGAUCAUACAGAGGCGCAGAGGAUUUUAGACGUAGGCGGAUUUGUCAUGAACAACCGUGUUAAUGGAGUGCUGGCUGUCACACGUGCAUUGGGCGACAGCUCGAUGAAGGAGUUUAUUAUUGGAGCACCCUACACAACGAGGACAGAGAUUGGAGCUAAUAACCCAUACCUCAUUCUUGCAUGCGAUGGACUUUGGGAUGUCUGUACCGAUCAAGAGGCGGUUGAACUGAUCAAGGACGUAGUUUGUCCAACAAAAGCUAGUCGGGUACUGCUGGAUCAUGCUCUCCAAAAGUUCAGUACAGACAACAUCAGUGUGAUGGUGAUCAGGUUAAAUGUUUAA